AUGAUCACGGUGAUGACGAAUCACAUGAGAUGUUAUAUUGGAAUCAAACAAAUUGAUGUUUCGGAAACUGCACACCUAAAAUCAGCGCGCGAAAACUUCAGAAAGUAUGUACAAGAAACGGUGCAAGAGAUUACGACAAAGCUGGAUAAGACACACUCUAAGCGGUCUUCUUUGCCUCAGGAAUCAGCAAAUGGAAAUGAUAGUACUGGCAAAAAUAGAAAUGUGGACAGAACCUCAGAUAAUAGUUUUAGGAGGACUUCUUCUUCUACAAGCUCAUCAAGAAAGUCUCAUCAGCCUUUAUUAAAGGAGCUGAGUACGGAGUUUGAAAAUUUGUCUCACUUGGCGGGAAUGUAUUCCAUCAAUGCAGUUAUUUUAGCCAGAACCCUUUCUUCUUCGUCGUUAGGCUUUAUACAAGUGGAGAAAGAUCUUUAUGGAUCUUCGGACUCUGUGUUGAAAAGGACAGGUAGUCCUAAUAUCACUGCUGAAACAGAUUAG